AUGCUUGUCUCCCUCACCGUCGGCAAGGUCGAUGCCGGCGUCACGGUUCUGCUGACGCCCGAUAAACGUCUUAUCGAAUUCCCCUCCAUCCUCCUCCCUCCCAAUAUCUCUUCCGGUUCGAUCGUCGACAUCACCGUCUCCCGCAACCUUGUCUCCGAAGGCAAAACCGAACACGCCUUCCGCGAGCUCCAGGACCGCAUCUACUCAGCCUUCGGUGCCUCCGCGCCCACGACCCCCGUCCUCCGCUGCCGCAAUGCCACCCAGACCUCCGUCGUCCUCGAAUGGGACCCCAUCGAGCUCGCUACCGCAGACCUGAUCUCUCUCUCCCUCUACCGCAACGGCCAAAAGGCAGGCAAUAUCCCCCGGCCCCUGCAGAUGCACAGCACGAAGAUCUCGGGUCUGGCCGUCGACACCGACUACACUUUCCACCUUGUCCUGCGCACCACCGCCGGCACCUUCUCCUCCGAGAAGGUCGUCGUCCGCACCCACAAGAUGACGGACCUCAGCGGAAUCACAAUCACCACGGGCAUCAUGCCCGCCGGCACCCGCGAGGCGCUCGCCGCCGCAGUCGACCGCAUCGGGGCCAAAAUCGUCGACUCUGUCCGCAUCGACACAACGCAUUUCGUCACCACCGAGGGCCGCGGGCUGGCCUGGGAGAAGGCCGUCGAGACGAACAUCCCCGUCGUGCGCCCCGAAUGGGUCGAGGCCUGUGAGAAGAACGGCCGUAUCUUGGGAGUCACCAAGUUCUACCUCGACGCCGUCAGACCAGGCCCGUCUAGCGACGAACUUCAACAGGCCCCUACCCCGCCGCAGCCGCAGCAACAGACGCCUCAGAUGCAAAAGGAGCUCCCCUCGCCCCCUGCUGCCAACUCGCCCGAGAACGGCGACGCCGCGUCCGCCAAGUCUCCGGAGGAAAAGCCCCCUGCCCCCAAGGCCGAGGACGAGCAGCAGUCGCCCGGCGACGACGAGAAGGAGACAGAGCAGAAGACCAUUGCCGAUCACGAGGGACACAAGGUGCGGUUCGAAGAAAAGGAGGAGCAGAACCUCGCGCACCGGCCGAAGGAGGAGUCCGACUCGGAAAGCGAGAAGGGUAAAGACGACGAGGACAAUCCGAACCAAAGCCCGGGCGUGUCCCCCGACGGAGCGUCGUUCGAGAACGUCGCGUUAUGA